GAAUAUCAAAAUGGUAUUAAAAUUGGAUAUUGACAGAUUCUAAAUUAAUAUUAAAACAAAAUAAUGUAAUUUCACAUUAUAUGAAUAGGGGUGGUGGUUAAUUUAAUGAAUAAGGUGAAUAAAUAGGAAAAUGGAUAGAGAUUUAUAAAUAUUAUACAAAAAAUAGUUAUUAAUUAAUUUAUAGCAUAGUCGUUAAGUUAUGAGUAUGGGAUCUUAUGUAAAUGGAGUAAGAUUUGGAGUAUGGGAAGAUAUUUAUUAGAAUUAAAUAAUGUAUAUAUUAAAUAAAAAGAAUAGAAAUUAUUAUUGGUAUGAUAAGGAAGGAAUACAUAGAAGGCU